GUUCUAAAAUAUGAUAAGAGAUAAUUUUUAAUCAUCUAAGUACCCCAACAUUUAACUAUUUCGAAUCUUUAUUUAAAAACAAUCAAGUUGUUUAAUCUUUAUUAUAACCAAUCAAUAUAACUUCUAGCUUCAACCAUUUUAAUUAUGAAUUCUAUUAAAAAAAACAUCCACAAUACUUAUGUGAAGGAAUACCUGGCAAAUAAUAAAAGAAGCGAUGGUAGAAAAUUAACUGAUUUUCGUGAUACAGCAAUAAAUCUAAAGCCAAUAACUAUUUCAGAUGGAUCAUCAGUUGUAAAAAUUGGAAAUACAUCUGUCAUCUGCGGAGUUAGAUUGGAACUUGGAACUCCUAAACCUGAAACUCCAAAUACUGGCUAUCUUUUAGUCAAUGUUGAAUUACCAAGCCUAUGUUAUAAAAAAUUUCGACCUGGAAUACCAUGUGAUGAAGCAAUGGAAACCACAAGUUUUUUAAAUGAAAUAUGUAAUAACUGUAAUCUUGUAGAUCUAAAGCAAUUAUGCAUUUGUAUUGACAAAUUAGUAUGGGUAAUAUCAUUUGACAUAUAUUGUUUAAACUAUGAUGGUUCAAUUGUAGACACAUGCCUAACUGCUUUACUUUCCUCCAUAAAUACUAUUAAAAUACCAGAAGUAAAAUAUGACAAAGAAACAGAAGAAAUAAAUGUAAUUACAAAUUAUAAAGCAUUACAUGUUAAUAGUAUGCCUGUUGCAAGUACAUUUGCUAUAUUUAGUGAGAAAUAUAUAGUAGCUGAUCCAACAGAAGAAGAAGAACAGUUAUGCCUUAGUAAAAUAACUAUUGUUACAAAUGGUAGUCGUUUGUACUCUUUACAUAAACCAGGUGGCGAUUUUAUAAAAGAUAAUCAAAUUCAAUAUUGUCUUGUUCGUGCAAAACGCAGAGCUCUCGAAAUGCAUAAAAUACUACUUGAUGCUGAAUAAAAUAAUAUUUUUUAUUUAA